UGUCAAGAGAAAGGCGAUCGUCAGAACCAAUCAGACCGACCAGAUUUGUUUGGGAAAUUACCCAUUCGACAGUAAACUCGUCCAAACUCGUCUGUUUUCAUUAUUUUCCGGUGAAUUUGUCAAGUUUAUCAUCUGCAAUCUGCUGUUAUCAGGAAUUGAACAUAAUAGAAAGAUUUGGAUUGAUUUAACAAACCUGUGUGAGGAUCGUUAAAGUCUGUUGUAGGCUUGAAUGAACGGUUUUACAGUUUGAAUUAUUUAAAACGCAUUUAAAUGCCUCCAAACAUGUGUCCUAAGACAUCGAAAAACAAAACAAAGGCGAACGAAGUGAUGAAGAAUAAGCAGAAUGUUAUUAAUCAGAGUGAUAAGGCCAAGGUCACCGUCAGGAAGAAGACUAAGGGAGAAAUUAAACAUGAUAAGAAGAUGAUGAAGAAGAAGGCAAAGUCGAUGGCGGAGUCAGGGAAUGAUAACGAAUUGAAAUGUGAAACCGUCGAGUUCCGACGUCAUCAAAGGGAGAUGUGUCAAGCAAGUGACAGGAGCUCCAACGAGGACAACAAUGAACCUGGGGAGAAUGAGGAUGGUCGUGGUGGUAAUGAUCUUGAUGUAUCCUCGGAGGUAGAAUCAGCUUUUGUAAAAUCCAUCAUCGAAAAGACUGGGCUGAAGCUUGGACGGGAUAAGGAGGAUGAUUCGAGACCCAUCAAAUUGAGUUUCACAGAGGAGGAACUCCAGAAUGAUUAUUUGAAUGGCUUUAGAAAUGUUAAGAAGGGGAAAAUUGCCAAAGCAGGGGUAAACAAAACAUCUGAGGGCUUUGGUUUUGAAGCGUACAAGUACAUUAUAGAAGGGAGGAAUGAUAAAGGGACUGAGUUCUUAACUAGAGCCCUUGUGUUGGAUCAUUUUGAUGUUAGACAUUAUUUCAAUAGGAGUUAUUCACAAUUGUGUACUGGAGAUUACGAGGAAGCUCUCACAGAUAUACACUUCGUAAUGAAUCAUAAUGAGGAUACUACCAUUUUAGCGAGGCUAAAAUGUAGACAAGGCCAAAUAUUUAAACGAAUGGAGCAAUUUGAAAAGGCUGAGGAGUGCUUCAAGGACUGCCUCAACCUCUUCCCCAAUAGUAUGACAGUGCGCUGUGAAUUUCUUCGCAUGAAAAUAAGUCAAUUACAAAGUAUGGGUUUCCCUGAGACCGACAUAAUCAACCUCCUCUACGACAACCCCUAUUUAACUCUCCGUGAAGCUAUCACAUUCCUCACUGAACUGGCAAGGUACCAGUACCUUCAAGGCUCUCCCGAGGAUUCCGUUUCCAUCUCCGAGAAUGAGGAAUAUGAGUCAGACACUGAAGAAAACCCCUGCAAUACUCGAUUGUUCAUAGAGAUGACGAAUUUCAAUACUUACACCAAGGACAACCUGUGGUAUAGGGAGAAUAAUGAAAAUAAAAAUACCCCAUCUAGUCCUGAGGGUAAAGUAAUACCUGGAGGUCAUUCAGGGGUUCAAUCAUCCCAGCAAAUUCAGACAAAUUCUCCACCUGCAGUUAAAGAGUUGAGGGUGAUAAAUGCCUCUGGGACAAAGAAAACCGUCCUCAAGGCUCCCCCUGGGACCAAUGUGAAUAAUAGAGCUGUGUGGGUGGGAUCGCUGACCACUGCCAUCACUGAGUCUGUCCUCAAACGUGCAUUCUCGGUCUUUGGACCUGUUGCCAGUGUCUACCGAGCUCCAGACUCUGCCUGUGCUUUUGUAAAUUUUGAAAAUGUAUUGUCAACAGAUUUGGCUCUUGCUGCUGAAUCUGUUGAGGUCAAUGGAAAGGCUUUGCCUAUCAGGCUUAACAAGAGGACGAGGUAAAUCACUGGUGAGAGCCUCUAGGAGAAGCAGGGGGAGUUACGACCUCGGAGGUAGACAAAACAUCGAGGGGACCAAACAAGUAUCCAAGAUAUUUCUAGUAUUUUUUUUUCAUUCA